GUGAUGUGUACACCGUUCACUUAAUUAAAUUAUUUAAAAUAAUUUAUGGGAGCAGCCUAAAACUUUAUCAGAACAGGGGUGUAGGAUUUCCGCUAACGACAUCGUAUUCCGCCUUAACAAAACUUCCCACAUACAAUACUUUAUCGUCUCAGCGGUAUAGAGAUUUGCGAUUUUCAUUUGUGCCGCAUUCUUCCAGCCCUAAUUCCUGACUCUCGCGGAUUUCUUUGAACAAAUCAAUUUCGUUAUCGGUUGAUAGAUUCCUCUCCGAUAAGAAACCGGAUUUAAUUCGGUCGAUUUUCAUCGAUGGUGGAGUAAUUUGGUUAAGGCGGCUCAACCCUAACUGCUUUCCGCGCUGUUGAUUCCGCGUGCUUUCUUCUUCAAUUCGGCGAUCGAAUUGGACAAUUGGCGGAGCAUAUGCGGAGCUAGAAAUCGUUCGCGAACAUCAAUUGGAAGAUUUGCUCAGAAGUUCACGGUUCGAGGCAGCGGCAACUCAGCGAUUCCCCUCGGCGUCUUCUGGAGGGAAAGAGAUUUUUGGUGUCUUUCCCCGAUCUGUCCGAUUUCCGGUCGUUUGGUGGUGUUUUGGAUUGAGAUCCAGAUCAGUUGUCUAUCGAUCCAAGUGUAAAGACGUCGAGCUGACUUUGGAUGUUUUUGAGUGCCUGAAGGAUUAGAAGGCCAUCAAUUAGUCGGUUUGAUUAAUAUUUCCUGAGUAAUUGCAGAGAAGAAGGAAAAAAAAGAACUUAUUGAGUUUCCGUUGUACUGUUAUUGUUUCCUUUUUCAAAUUUUGAAGUUGAAUGCCAGGGCUUUCAUUUUGUAUUUUUUGACGGCCUCUAUUUCUGUUUGUGUUGUUUCUCUCUGAAAUAGAGGGUGAACAUAUACAAAGAAAGGCGAAACCAUAACGAAAUAUGGCUGUUUACUAUAAAUUUAAAAGUGCAAAAGAUUAUGAUUCAGUUCCGAUGGACGGCCACUUUAUUUCGGUGGGACACUUGAAAGAAAAAAUAUUUGAAUUAAAGCAUUUGGGUGGUACUGAUUUUGACCUCAUAGUCACCAACGCCCAGACCAAUGAAGAGUACCUCGAUGAAGGAAUGUUAAUUCCCAAAAAUACUUCAGUUUUAAUACGCCGAGUUCCUGGAAGGCCUCGCAAGCCCAUAGUUACUGCACCUGUUAGCGAGCAAGAAGAGUUGAAUGUUGACCAUAAUUCUGAAGAUGUUCAAGCUGUAAAGGGUAGCUUUGCUGUGGCAGAUCAGUCUUAUGUGAAAUAUGGUGAAGAUUUAGAAUGGGAUGAAUUUGGAAAUGAUCUAUAUGCUAUGCCUGAAUCUACCCCUGUCCCAUCCAGCAUCCCAAUUCAAGAUGCUACUCCUGUUAGCAAAGAGGAUGAGGAGAGCAAGAUCAAAGCUUUAAUUGACACACCAGCAUUAGAUUGGCAGCGACAACCUUCGGAUGGUUUCAAUGGUAGGGGUUUUGCACGAGGUGGCAGAAUGCCGGGUGGACGUGGUGGUUUUGUUCGAGGUGGAUUUGAGAAGAAAACACCACCACAAGGCUACAUAUGUCAUAGGUGCAAGGUGCCUGGGCACUUUAUCCAGCAUUGCCCUACAAACGGAGAUCCCAAUUUUGACAUCAGAAGGGUCAAACCUGCUACUGGAAUUCCAAAAUCAAUGUUGGUGGCCACCCCAGAUGGCUCUUAUGCAAUGGCGAGCGGGCUUGCAGCAACUUUAAAGCCAAAUGAGGCCGCUUUUGAGAAAGAAAUUGAGGGAAUGCCAUCUACGCGAUCAAUUGGUGAUCUUCCAAGAGAGCUGCGGUGCCCUUUGUGUCAAGAAGUAAUGAAAGAUGCUGUCCUAGCGAGCAAGUGUUGUUUGAAGAGCUUCUGUGAUAAAUGCAUACGUGAUCACAUUAUGUCGAGAUCAAUGUGUGAAUGUGGGGCGACAAGUAUUCUUGCAGAUGAUCUUUUGCCCAACAAGACCUUAAGAGAUACCAUUAAUCGGAUUUUGGAAUCCAAUAACAACAGUGGUGAAAAUGGUGGGAGUGCUUUUCAAGCCCAAGACAUGGAGUCACGAAAUCCACAAGCUAAGGUUCCAUCCCCCACACAGUCUGCUGCCUCAAAAGGACAGCAAGUGCCUGCACCACCACCUCAGCUGCAGGAAGUUCCAACAGUUGUGGAGACUGUUGAAGAAAAUAAGCCUGCUAUCAUACCCCUGAAGUCAGAGAAAGGGAUAGCUUUAAAAGUGCCCGAUGCUUCAGAAGCAACACAUGACUCAAGAACAGUUAAGGAAGCAGCAUCACAAGGAAGUGCUCCUUUGGCUGAUGAAGAGGUGCAGCAGAAACCAUUGUCUGGAGAAGCAGGCCGGAAGAAGAAAAAGAAGAAAAUUCGCAUGGCUCCUGGUGCUGCAGAGAUGCAGUGGCGGACUGGCCCAGACCUUGCUCCUGAGAAUUACAUGAUGACUAUGGGCCCUUCUGCUUUUAAUCCUGGCUGGAAUGGCAUGCAACCUGGAUUUGAUGGGUUUAUGCCGUAUGGUGGUGGUCCUAUGCCCUAUGGGGGUUAUGGAGUUAAUCAUAUGGACGUUCAAUUUGGGGGCUUUUUACCAUAUGAUCCAUUUGCAGGACAUGGUGGUAUUCUUUCAUACGGCCCUCAGAGGGACCUUUCUGAGUUAGUGGGAUACAAUGCUCCCCCACCUGUCAUGAGUAGAGAGGAAUUUGAAGCUCGCAAAGCUGAUUUGAAGAGAAAGCGUGAAAUGGAGAGACGUGAGGAAAGGGACUUUUCCAAAGAUAGGGAAUAUGGAAGAGAAGGGAGCAGUACAGUCAAUGUCUCUUCGAGAUCCAAAUCUAGAUUGACCCCUCCACCGUCUGCCGCCGACCACCGCCUUCCAAGCCGCAACCGUCACUCGCCGGAGCGGCGCUCCCGGGACCCAGAGCUUCCCCGGCCAUCUUCCAAAAAGAAGUCCGACUAUGAGCAUGACGAUCACCACCACCAGCAGCGCCGUCGUGAGUAUCACGAAGAAACCAACCGCGACAAGGAUCACCACCGCAGCAGCAGCAGCAGCCACCUUCGCCGCUCGCAGUCGCCCACAGAAGCAGCUGCUGCGGCGGAGAAGAAGCAAAAGGCGAGCGUCUUCUCCCGCAUCAGCUUCCCAGCUGGUGGCGAAUCAGCUACCAAGAAAAGAAAGGCCUCUUCAACUGAUGUGGCUGCCGCGAGCCACCGAUCGUCGAAUGGGCAGCAUGAAGAGCACAAGGCAGCUACUGGAUCAAGAAAAGGUGGCAGUGCUGCCGUUUCUGUAGAUCACGACAGCAGCGAUGACGAGAGGCAUUUCAAGAGGCGGCCGUCGAGGUACACCUCGUCGCCUCCGCCGGCUGCCUCGGCGGAGGAGGAGCACCGCCACUCUAGACGGGAGAGAGAUCGCGGGGUGUAUAGCAGCAGCAGCAGCAAGCGUAGAUAAUUGUCAGUGAUUGGACACCUAUGUUUUAAAGGAGCUUUGUCUCCCAGCUUGCUUUGAUAAUGUAAUAAUGAAUGAUUUACGACUGGGUUGCCAUUUAAUGAAGAUGAGCAUGUUUCCUAAUCA